CUCUCUUUUCUCCCUCAGAAGCUAGCCGUUAACACUCAGCUCCGCUCCGAUCCGAUCCGCCUAUACACCACCGCGAUCCGCCUCGUCUCCCGCUCGCCGGAGAGAGGCGAUAUCGGAUUCUCUUUUCGCAAGCAUUUCAUUCGCGAAGCUUAGCUAAAGUAGCAAAAACAGUUUUGGAAUAAAAAAAAAAACAGAGAAAAUGAAUUCAACACCGCAAAGGAGGAAGAGCGGGAUUAAUCUCCCGUCGACGAUGAACGAAACAUCGCUUCGGCUCGAUACCUUCUCCACGCCGAGAGGAGCGUCGUCGUCGCUGCGGUCUAAAACGAAUUUGCCGUCUCCGAUGUCGAUGUCGCCGAGGACUCUCUCGAACCUGUCGUCCUCGCCGUCGUCGAAGUCGGCGAACUGCAGCGACAGGUUCAUCCCUUGCAGAUCGUCGUCGCGGCUGCACGCGUUCGGACUGGUCGAGAAGGCGUCGCCGGGGAAGGAGGGAGGAGGAGGGAACGAGGCCUACAUUAGUUUGUUGAGAUCUGAGCUUUUUGGUGCUGACUUUGGCUCUUUUUCUUCUCCUGCAGGGAACAUCGGAUCGCCAUUGAGUCCUAGCAGGAAUAUGCUAAGGUUCAAGACGGAGCAUUCCGGCCCUAAUUCUCCGUAUUCAUCUUCAAUUUUGGGGAUGGAUAACGGCCUUUCUGGCGAGGUUUCAACUCCUCCUAAGCCUCCCAGGAAGGUCCCCAAAACUCCCCAUAAGGUUUUGGAUGCACCAGCUCUUCAAGAUGAUUUCUACCUGAAUCUGGUGGAUUGGUCCUCUCAGAAUGUUCUUGCUGUUGGGUUGGGAACCUGUGUUUAUUUAUGGACUGCAUCAAAUAGCAAAGUGACAAAGUUGUGUGACUUGGGACCUAGUGACAGUGUCUGCUCAGUCCAGUGGACUCGCGAGGGUUCUUACAUAUCCAUAGGGACAAGUCUCGGUCAAGUUCAGGUUUGGGAUGGGACUCAGUGCAAGAAGGUUAGGACUUUCGGUGGGCAUCAAACGAGAACUGGAGUUCUGGCAUGGAGUUCUCGCAUCUUGUCUUCUGGAAGUAGAGAUCGGAACAUCCUUCAGCAUGAUCUUCGCGUCCCUAAUGACUUUGUAAGCCGGCUUGUUGGUCAUAAAUCUGAGGUUUGUGGGCUGAAAUGGUCUCAUGAUGACCGAGAACUGGCAUCUGGUGGCAAUGACAAUCAGCUUUUGGUCUGGAAUCUGCACUCCCAGCAGCCAACUUUGAGACUAACAGAGCACACUGCUGCUGUAAAAGCCAUUACCUGGUCUCCUCACCAAAGUGGCCUUCUUGCAUCAGGAGGAGGAACUGCAGAUCGCUGCAUUCGCUUCUGGAACACCAGUAAUGGCAAUCAAUUGAAUAGCGUGGAUACUGGAAGCCAGGUCUGCAAUCUCGCCUGGAGCAAAAAUGUAAAUGAAAUAGUUAGCACCCAUGGAUACUCCCAAAAUCAAGUAAUGGUGUGGAAGUAUCCAUCCAUGUCCAAGGUGGCAACUCUAACUGGGCACAGCUUGCGGGUACUUUACCUUGCUAUGUCGCCCGAUGGCCAGACAAUAGUGACUGGAGCUGGAGAUGAGACUCUCAGGUUUUGGAAUGUCUUCCCUUCUGCAAAAACACCCGCACCGGUCAAAGACACAGGACUGUGGUCUCUAGGAAGAACACAUAUCAGAUGACAGGCCUUUCUAAUUAUAUUUGUAAAUUAUAAUACUUUCUCGUGUUCUUCAGCUAUGUCCAGAUUGUGAAAGUGUAUAGCUUGAAAUUCUUUUUCCCUGUUUAUUUGGUGGGUUUUCAAGAAGAUGUCUAUAAUUCAGAAUUAUUAUUUUUUAGAUGUUGGGGUGUACCAAAUUUUCCUCGCAAGAACAAAUUCAAUCAUAAUAAAAAUAUAUUUUGAUUCUUUUUAA